CCCUGAGCCUCGGCGAGCCAAUCAGGACGCGGGGGACACACCUCCCUCGUGGGGGCCACGCCCCUUUCUUUUUCUAUCUACUUUCCUGCCGGCUUCAGUGGUUGGCCAAUCUGGCGCCGCGUGACCCUCCGGCAGUGCGCAGGCGCAGUUCAGUCGUGUCCUUCUCGGCGUGAGGAGAGGACGCUCGGAGAGGAGGCUCCGGCGGAAGGGCUUAGGAACCAGGCAGGCGGCGGAGGGAAAGGCAUUGGCAUGGCCGGGACUCCGCAGGAGAAGAAGAGCACCCUGCUCCACCUCUUCGCUGGAGGGUGCGGUGGGACAGUCGGUGCCAUCUUUACGUGCCCUUUGGAAGUCAUCAAAACAAGGCUCCAGUCUUCGAAGUUGGCCUUCCGAGCCCUCUACUACCCACAAGUCCAACUGGGGACCAUCAGCGGUGAAGGAAUGGUCCGCCCCACAUCCUUAUCUCCAGGCCUCAUCCGGGUUCUUAAAUCCAUUUUGGAAAAAGAGGGUCCAAGAUCACUAUUCCGAGGACUGGGGCCAAACCUGGUUGGUGUCGCUCCAUCAAGGGCGGUCUACUUUGCCUGUUACUCCAAAGCCAAGGAGCAGUUCAAUAGCAUAUUCGUGCCAAACAGUAACAUCGUCCACAUCUGCUCCGCGGGAUCGGCAGCAUUUAUCACAAAUUCGCUGAUGAACCCCAUCUGGAUGGUAAAAACUAGAAUGCAGUUGGAAAGGAGGGUCAGAGGUUCGAAGCAGAUGAACACUCUGCAGUGCGCCAGGUACGUUUACCGGACGGAAGGUGUCCGGGGCUUCUACCGUGGCCUCACUGCCUCCUACGCCGGCAUCUCCGAGACCAUCAUCUGUUUUGCUAUUUACGAGAGUCUCAAGAAGCACAUCACCGACGUCCCGCUGGGGCCUUCUCCCACCAAUGGGCCGGAGAGGAACUCCACCAACUUCUUUGGACUGAUGAUGGCUGCUGCCGUUUCUAAAGGCUGCGCAUCAUGUAUCGCUUACCCACAUGAGGUCAUACGGACCCGGCUACGCGAAGAAGGCACCAAGUACAGGACAUUCGUCCAGACGACGCGCCUGGUCUUCCGGGAAGAAGGCUACCUUGCCUUUUACAGAGGACUGUUUGCCCAGCUCAUGAGGCAGAUCCCCAACACGGCCAUCGUCUUGUCUACCUACGAGUUGAUAGUGUACCUGCUAGAAGACCGGAUCAAAUAGCAGGCCGAGACUUGGAUUUAAAAAGUACGCACAGAUGCACGCGGGGAUAAAAAGACCGAAAAACUGUUGAAACUCUGCAGGCCAGUUUCUUCUCGGAGAGCAAGGACAUGGGACAUGGCGCAUUGCUCCCUUGCCCUGUGGGCUCUGCUCUUCUGCCCUCCACCCCAACGUCAAUCCCUCCCUUUUAAUCUUAUUUUAGUUCCCUUUAUCCUUACGUCUCUCUCUCUCUCUCUGUGUCUUCUUCCUUCUAGCUUGAACAAUGUUGCCGUUACUGUUAAUUAUUAAUUAUUAACUCUUUUUUUUUUAACUUAAAGAUGAGGUUCAGGAAUUAAAACGACAACUAAAUUAAAAAGUCACUAUUUAACGUA